AUGAUUUUGCAAGGGAACAGGAGUGUAAGGCUACACAAAUUUGCAAAAACAAGUCAUAGCGGUUCAAGGUCGCGGCCGAGCCGCACCGGCUAUAUAUUGGGCAGAACCUGUGCAACCGGCAUUCACUCGAACCUAACACGCCUAACCAUGAACGCCAAGUUCCUCCUUCUGCUCAGUCUGGCAGCCAUCGUUGCCGCAGACAGCCGUGAGAUUUACCGCCCAUCUCAGGUAAGAAUCAUUCAAUUAACUUUUGGUCGGGAUAUAACUAAUGCUUCUUCCGAAGAAUCCUACGAGUCUUCUGAAGCUAAGUACAGCUUCAACUGGGCCGUCAGCGAUGACUCCUCAAGCAACGAGUUCGGACACCAGGAGGCCCGUGACGGCGACCACACUCAGGGAUCCUACUACGUGCAGCUCCCCGACGGCCGCCUGCAGACCGUCACCUACUUCGUGGACGGCGACUCCGGCUACGUGGCUGAGGUCAACUACGAGGGCGAAAUAUCUGACGAGUCUAACUCUUCCGAGUCUGAGGAGGAUACGGCAGAAUACGAUUCAUAGUGAAAACUUGUUAGCAUAAUUUUUUUUUUUUUUUAUAGCUGAAUACUAAAUGUAAGUUUACACGUUAUAAUAUACUAGACUUUUCUUUUAUUUUAAUAUUAUCAUUACCAAAUUUGUUGAAAAGGAAACAUUAUGUGGAUAUAUAUAUUUCCAUACAUG